AUGGCAGAUUAUGCCGGAGAGAGAGGUGCAAUCGAGAGUAUGGAUCUCAUUAGUUCCCUACCAGACGGGAUUCUGCAUCAUAUCAUCUCCUUCGUUCCGACAGAUUUGGCAAUCCAAACUACACUCUUCCAGAUAUUUUCUACUUGUAACAUCCCCGACGAGUCUGCUGCUAAGAUUCUCUCUGGCUGUCCAGUUCUCGAAAGCUUGGCGUUGAAUUCCUGUAAGAUGCUUGGACGUCUUGAUCUUAGCGAAUCUAUGCAUGUGACAAGAUUGGAGAUAGAUCACGGUAGUCCAGAUUCAGGGCCAAGAGAGAUUGUAGCGCCUCACAUCCAUUAUUUGAGACUGGAAACUACCAACACACCACCAUGCAGUUUGGAUCAUGUCUCGUCUUUAACAGAAGCUAAACUCAACCUGAUCCCAUACUGGGGAAACACCAUUGCGGCUGGUUUUCUUCGUGUCAAUGGACAUGUUACCAAAACUGCACAACAUAGAGAAGCUUACUUUGGGAUCAAUGUUUUAUCUGUUUCCGAGCUCAGUGGUGUUCCUUUUCCGACACUCAAGAUCAAAGAUUUGACUCUCGAGACGGGGUUUCUCAGAUAUUUUGUUCCUAGUGAUGCCCAGCUCCGUGGUGUUCCUGGUAUCGCAGAACUGCUCCGAAACUCACCUGAGUUAAAGAAGCUAACACUAAACUUAUACAAAAGUAGAAUUGUCAGGUCCAACGUACAAGAGAACUAUCUCCGUACCUACAUUGAUUCACGAGGCUUGAAAUUUGAAGUUGUUCCAGCCUCGUCGGAGCCAAAACUCAUCGCUUUAUUCAUUGAGUUAGUGCUGGGAAACAGAAAGACUCUAGAGACAUUGGUCGUGCGCUUGAGAGACAACCUUGAUGCUGAAAGGUUCGAUGAGUUACGUUGCUUCAAAUGGUUCAGAAAAUUCCUCAUGGUGUCACGAUUGUGA